AUGCAAGUUAAUUCACAGCAUUGGGCAUGUGACAUAAUCGGUAUAAACCGAAGCUUCAAGGAGCCAAUAACCCCUACGGGUUCAAAGCACUGGCGUAAAGCCGUUUUGACAGCGGCGCACGGCAACGAAGGACUCUUGGAUUAUCAAACCGGAGGCAAAACGAGCGAUUCCCGCUUGAAGUUUUUGUCCAAGUCGCAGGUGUUCUCGGUCGAGCGAGGCGAAGAGAUCACAUUUCCGUGUGAAGUACGAGACAUCGGUGACAACAUCAUGACUUUUCAAUACGUCCCGACCGAGUCCCAGGGGCCUGAGCGCCUCUACUUUGCAGGGAACAAAGUCGUCCUGAAAAUUCCGCGUUUGCGGAAGCAAGGUCAACACUUCCUUCUUUCUCGUGUACGCAAGACGGACGCCGGACAGUACGUGUGUCGCGUCGAAGCCGAUAAUCCAGUCGAGCUGCGCCACACGCUGAACGUCCUCUACCCAGCCAAGAUCAACCACGUGAGCUCGAACUCCUACAAAGUGGUCAAAGGCGCCUCGGUGAGUCUUCACUGCUCCGCUGAGGGAAACCCUAAGCCUGUCAUCACUUGGACCAGGAAAGGAAGUCUCCUACCUAGCGGCGCCAUGUCCUUUGAGGGUGACUCGCUCGACUUCGCACACGUCGACCGCCACGUGGAAGGCACCUACUACUGCACUGCCAACAACGGCAUCCAGGCUCCGCAUUCCGCAGAAAUGACGGUCGUCGUCGAGUAUCUUCCGGAAAUUACCACUCCUGUGCCGACGGUGCACACCGGCGAAGGACAGCUUGCACGUCUCGUGUGCGUGGUGUUCGGUCGCCCUCGUCCCGCGGUAUCCUGGCUACGCGGCGACAACCUCGUCGACUCGAACAAUCACGUCAUGGACGAUGACAGCGCGCAGACGCACGCGCUCACCAUCAACAGCGUCACUGAGGCCGACCUCGGCAACUACACAUGCAGCGCCCGCAACGAACACGGACGGGAGGAGAAGACCAUCGUGCUCACGGGCAUACCAACGAAGCCUGAGAUUACGAGCAGCGAGUUCGGUGACCGCAGGAACGAGUACGAGCUGUUGUGGCGCACUGAAAGCUUCAGCAAGAUAUUGCAGUAUCGGAUCCGAUACAGGAAGCGCCAGGACGAAAGCAAUCCGAGCGCUAACACGGACUCAUCCUGGAACGACGCUCUCUACUCGCCAAACUCUCAGAGAUCAAUGAGUGGAGUGCAAGGUUAUCCAUACGGCUACCUCACCGAGCCAACCUACCCUGAACUAUAUACAUCAUAUCACAAAAAUCCCUUUGUCCGAAUAGGGGAAAAAUCUACUGGCAAAAUUGGAAACAUUUCACCACCACGAAAAAUAUACCCAGAAUAUCCGGUACAAGAUUAUUCCCAGGUUCACGGUUCAUACCAAAAACCUGUUGUUUAUGAAGCAUUUCCUCCGAAUGAUGAUUUUUCUCAGCAAAUUAUUCGAGGGCAAAACCCGCAUCAAAGCGUUACAGACUUCUUUAUAGAAUCUAGUUUCGAUGAAAGACGACAUAAAAGAAGAGAAGUUCAAAGUGCAAACACAACAGAUGAGUCAUCCCAAAAUAUAACCGAAGCACCAGAAUCAAAAACGGAUGAAAUGUACGAAAUUCGAGAACGCUAUAGAAUCGUUGUUCCUACGAAAAUUAUGUUAGAUCCAAACAAAUCCCAAGAGAAUGCAAACUCGAAAAUUAACCAGAAUAACAAACCAGACGAACACCCAUUAGCAAACAGCCUAGGAACAGCAGCGUCCAAAUCUGCUGACAGUCGAAGCAUUCGCAGCAGCAGCAGCAGCAGCAGCAUCAACAGCCCAACCUCCCUAGGCGAAACUCUGAUGUCCGACUCUCUCACUUCAGAGAAAACCCAAACUUUACAGCACACACUUUAUGGGCUCGCGAUGGCCACACACUACCAAGUGACUGUCUCUGUUGAAAAUAAGUACGGCUGGUCUGAACUUUCUGACAUCUUCACCUUCUACACGUUACCUGAGACGACGACCACUACGAGCACCACAACUACUGAACUGUACCACCCGAGACCACAAGUGGGAGAAGUGGCCGUGGGGGAACUUUCUAACCUGAGCCUCCUAGCGGCAUCACCGCGUCCAGCGCUCGUCUUUUGUCUCGCCGGCCUCGUCUUCGCGGCCUGGAGACUACGACGCGACUCACGAUGAACGUGACGACAUGCAGGAUAUUGUGAGGAAAAUGAUGCUCAUCUGCAUCGCUCCGCUUGCUUCGCUACAGAAGCGCUAACUGAUUAGAUGUUACCUGUCUAUGAUGUUCUAGAACCUAAUUCAUUAAAUAACUUUCCCGUUAUGAAUAAAUAGGAAUUAGAUGAUCUAUUUAUAUUCUUUGUAAUGUCCUAUAUAGUAAGUAUACAAAAUGUGCAUUGGAACAGCAAC